UUUGUUUGGUUACUCAUCAUUGAAUCGACACAUCUUAAUUCCUUGGCAAUGGUCUAAAGCAAUAUAGAACUGUCAAAAAAUCGUGAUUAACGGCAUCGCUACUUCAUUAACCGGCAAUUACGCUACUUUAAUAACAGUCAAUACCGAGUUAUUACUGAAGAUGGACUUCCUCCCUUUUACCUUAAUAACACCGACAGGGCUCCAUUAUUUUAACAGGAGUAUUGAGGAAAUAGAUGAGAAACAAGUAAAAGUACAAGAGAGUUUGGGAUACUUCAUGUUCGCUGUCAACCUGAUAUUCCUCUCAUUGACCUUCGGACUAGUCGCUCCCUUCAAGAAACUUCGCAAGAAGAUGCUGACGAUGGCUCAACUCAACAUCAUAUUUGCUUUAAUACUUGGAAAUGUGGGCUUCAACAUUCUUUCCCUCACAACGAAAGUGAAUGUGGACUAUAGAAAUUACCCAGUUGCAUCUCUGAAUCGAGGCUGCGUGACGGGAGUUUUACUGGUUCAAUAUUUCUUCUUGUCAGCUAUGUUUUGGAUGAGCGCCAGCGCUUGGUCACUCUAUGGAAAGAUAGCAGCCGCAGUGAAAAACCACGGUAAAAGUGAGAAGCACUUUGUGAGAAAUCGAUCGAUCCUGUGCUGGGGCGGUUCUGCGCUGUGCCCUCUAGCGAUCUAUCUGGCCGCUUGGAUCUCCAACGACAGGAAGGAUGAAUAUAAUUCACCGUACAUAGGAGGAAAUUUCACACAAGGGGAAAACUGUUGGGUAGAAUCGCCCUGGAAAUACCCCUCUUUCAUGGUCCCAACAUGGCUCAUCCUCCUUUUCAAUAUCUUCUGUUUCAUCCUUGUGUCACGUGUCAUUGUUCAUGCAGCUAAGACACCCAAUAGUGAGACCCACCAACUCACGAAAAUCUUCAAGGGCAUGAUGGCCGUCAGUGCCAGUGUCGGGCUUCCAUGGGUCAUUGCAGCUUUCACUUUUGAUCCAUUUACAACUGCUGCCCAAUACCUGUUCAUCAUUAUAGUAGGCCUCCAGGGUCCCCUCUUCUUUGCCAGUAUGAUAUGUCUCCAGGACGACAUCAGAGAACAUACCAUUGACUUAGUUGGAUUAAGGAGGUUCUUCAAAGAGAAGAACAAAAGACAUGGACAGGAAAGUACGACCGAAAAUACAACAUUUGGCGUGUCAAAAGUAGAACCUGAACCAAAGCGUAAAAUCAAAUCUGAAGAGGGAAAUAGACAGAGGCGAGUCAGUGCUUUGGAGAAUGUAUACAACGCCAUAGAAAAAGCUGCAGGACCCUGUUUAAGCUCACUCAAGUUCGAGUAUUUUAAUCACAAAAGUGCAGUACCGAUGCCAGGUAGAGCUCUACUACAAGGAGGGUUUGAUAAUUGUCAUAAUCAAGAAUCAGAACAUCACUCAUCUGCAAACUCCUCACCACAACAUUCCAAUUAUCACAGCUUGCCCAAAGAUAAAACAGAAACAGAUGAUACCAAAGAUACCACUGAAGGGAUGCCAGAAAUGACAGGGAAAGAGAAAACGAGUCAACCUAAAAUGGAUCAUGACGUAAACCACACGCAAGAAAAUGCAGCGUCUGAUAGAAAAGAGGUUAAUGAGGGCUACAACGAGAAUUUUGAGAAUUCUACAGCAACGUACAGUGGUGAGGAAGUGGAGAACGAUGGUAAAACAAAUGAAGAGUGUAAGAACGAUAAUGUUCGAGAUGAAGUUGAGCGAGACAACGAAGAUGGAAAGGAAAAAGAAGCUGGUCAGUUGGAAUCUGAGGAUGAAACAACAGACGAAAAAGUGAAUAUAAAUGUUGGAAAGACAGAGAUCAUUUAUCAAAAUAUGGGGGAACCUGAACAAAGCAGUGAGGACAUGACCAUUGACCCAUCACUUGUGAAAAGCGCGUAUGCGAAUUUUUAGUGUCUACUGUCUAAAAAUUACCGCCUGAAUCAAAAGAAGAGUGUUGGAAUGGUUAACAGAUUAAAAAAAACUUCAAGUCAAACGCUAUUAAAAUUUUCAGAUGUUUUGUAUGUUUAUACUUCAAUUCUUUUUCAUCACAGUACUUCUGUUUUGACCUUUUAACUUUUCCCAUUUUAAGUCGCAUGUUUUGUACAGUAAUUUUGUGUAGAUAUAAGGAUAUAU